AGACAACCAACUACUUUUUCUUGUUAUAUUAUAGACAUAUAGUUUUCAUUGAACUAUCGUUUACUGUUGUAAGUGGGAGAUACAAAGUUAUACAAAAUCCUGAAUUGAGAUUGAAAACUGAUUGAUUGAAAUUAGUCUACACCAAUCUUACCAAAGGGCAACUAAAAGAAAGAAAUAGCAAAUAGAUCUGUGUAAAGUGAUACAUAGUUUUUGUUUAGUUGUAUACAUUUCCAUUCAAUAAAACUAUACCAAACAAAUCCAUACUUAGCCCUAAUUGGAAUAGCCAAGUUAGUCUUAACAGUAUUAUUUAGUUUGUUCUCCACAAAAAAAAACAAUUCCUCCUUAUUAGUUAGAUUAUCUUAGCCAUGUCAAACAUAGACGACGACGAAGCUCUUUUUGAAGACCUUUACGGAGAUGAUGAUGAAACAUCUACAAAGCCUCAAGUAAAUGAUGUACCCGUUGCUACAGAAUCGGCUAAAGCGGAUGAAAAAGAAGCUUCCAAUACCACUACUGCCACAACAAAAACUGGAGAUCAACAACAAGCUUCUUCUGCUGUUGCUGCUGCACCUGCACCUGCUGCUCCUGCUGCAAUCCCACCUCAAAUGGACCCUGCUCAAUACCAGCAAUAUUUACAAUAUCAACAAUAUUAUCAACAACAACAGCAGCAACAGCAACAAGGAGUCUCACCCAUUCCUGGACAAUCUUUUCCUCAAGCAUUCCCAGGCAUGCCCCCAGUACCUCCUCCCCCAGUAGGUGCAUCUUCAGGUACGCCUCCAGCUCCUGGUGCUGGUGCUGCUGCUGGUGCUCCUCCUCCUAUCCCUCCUCCUCCUGCUGCACCACCUGUUCAACAUCAACCAUCUAACGUGGGUAGAGACAGUGGUAAGAUGUUUGUUGGUGGUCUUAAUUGGGAUACCACUGAAGAAGGUCUUAGAGAUUAUUUCUCCAAAUACGGUAAUGUUCUUGAUUAUACCAUCAUGAGAGAUUCUGCCACUGGUAGAUCUCGAGGUUUUGGUUUUUUGACUUUUGAAGAUCCAAAAUCCGUUGAUGAAGUUAUCAAGGUUGACCAUAUCUUGGAUGGUAAAUUGAUUGAUCCAAAAAGAGCUAUUGCCCGAGAAGAACAAGAUCGUGUUGGGAAAAUCUUUGUUGGUGGGAUCGAUCCUUUAGUUACCGAAAAGGAAUUCUAUGAUUUCUUUGCUCAAUAUGGUUCUAUUAUUGAUGCUCAAUUAAUGGUUGACAAAGAUACUGGAAGAUCAAGAGGGUUUGGGUUUAUCACUUACGAUUCGCCCGAUGCAGUAGAUAGAGUAACUGUUAACAAAUAUUUGAGUUUGAAAGGUAGAGCCAUGGAAGUCAAGCGUGCUGAACCAAGAGGGCAACAUCAACAAAAUGUAAUGCAACAACGUCAACAACAGCAACAAUCUAGUUAUUAUGGUGCUGGUGCUUAUGGAUCUCCAUAUGGAGCAGGAGGUGCACAAAUGUAUCAACAACAAAUGAAUCCAGCUAUGAAUCAAGAAUAUAUGAGAUAUUAUCAAUGGUUUAUGUAUCAACAAAUGGCUGCUGGUGGUGCAGCUGCUGGUACUCCUGAUGCUUCUGCUGAUCAACAACCUGCUGGUCAACCAUUAAAUCCGCAACAACAAGCUAAUGAUACUCAACCAACCGAGGAUCAAGAUCCUCAAGAACAAAACCAUGAUCAAAUGGAAGAAAACCAUCAAGAUUAUAGAGGUGGAUACGAAGAUGAAAACCCACAUCGUGAUCAAAGAAGACUCAACUUACCGAAGGGUCCAAAAAGGGCACCACCUUCUGGUCCAGGCUACAAUUCCAGAGGAAGAGGUGGUUAUCAUAGAAGAUCAAGAGGUUAUCACCCUUAUAGCAGAGGUGGUGGAAGAAGAUAA